GGAACUGCCGGCCCUGGCGUGCCUUGACCAGCGGCGUUGCGGGUGCUGGUCCCGGCUGUGCCGGCCCUGAUGGCGGCGGUGCCGCCGCCGGUCUACGUAUACAGCCCGGAGUACGUGGCCCUCUGCGACUCCCUCUGCAAAGUGCCCAAGCGGGCCAGCAUGGUGCAUUCCCUGAUUGAAGCGUAUUGCUUACUUGACCAGAUGAAGAUAGUCAAGCCAAAAGUGGCCUCCAUGGAGGAAAUGGCGAGUUUCCACACAGAUGCUUACCUGCAGCACCUGCAGAAGGUCAGUGAGGAGGGGGAUGAUGACCACCCGGAGUCUGUGGAGUAUGGACUGGGUUACGACUGUCCAGCCACUGAAGGGAUCUUUGAGUAUGCAGCAGCCGUGGGAGGAGCCACCAUCACUGCAGCCCAGUGCCUGCUGGACGGCAAGUGCAAGGUAGCAAUUAACUGGCCUGGAGGGUGGCAUCAUGCAAAGAAGGAUGAAGCUUCUGGCUUCUGUUACCUGAACGACGCUGUCUUGGGGAUCCUGCGGCUGCGCCAGAAAUUUGACCGUGUCCUUUAUAUUGAUUUGGAUUUGCAUCAUGGGGAUGGAGUUGAGGAUGCCUUUAGUUUCACCUCGAAAGUCAUGACUGUUUCUCUGCACAAAUUUUCACCAGGAUUUUUCCCAGGCACCGGUGAUGUGACAGAUGUUGGCCUGGGAAAAGGUCGCUAUUACAGCGUGAAUGUGCCCAUUCAAGAUGGCAUUCGGGAUGAAAAAUAUUACCAGAUCUGUGAAUCAGUGCUGGAGGAGGUGUAUGCUGCCUUCAAUCCCAACGCAGUUGUGCUGCAGCUGGGGGCAGACACCAUUGCUGGAGACCCCAUGUGCUCUUUCAACAUGACACCCGAGGGAGUGGGCAAGUGCCUCAAGUAUGUCCUGCAGUGGCAGCUGGCAACUCUUGUCCUGGGAGGAGGAGGUUACAACCUUGCCAACACGGCCCGCUGCUGGACAUACUUGACUGGGGUCAUCCUUGGGAGAACACUGUCCUCUGAGAUCCCUGAUCAUGAGUUCUUCACAGAGUACGGUCCUGAUUAUGUGCUGGAGAUCACACCAAGCUGCAGACCAGACCGCAAUGAGACACACAGAAUUCAAGAAAUUCUGAACUCUAUCAAAGGGAAUCUGAAGCACGUUGUUUAGCAGAAAAGGAAGGCUCAGGCAAGAGCAUUUCCUGUGGAGAAGACAGCAUAUUUAUGUGAACAACUGGUGAAAUUCGUGACUGCAGGGAAACCUUCAAAGAAAGUACUGUUGGUUGGUUGGUUAAUUUUUUUUUUCCCUCUGUACAAAAGAAAAGCUGCUGCAUGCCAUGAGCACCGUGGCUCUCCCCAGGCAGGAGUGUGGGCCCUCCAGCCAUAGCCUUCCAGUGCUGGCAGAGCCUCCCCUGCUCUUUUCUCUUUCCUUUUUUAACACCACAGUUUGUUCUCACAACUGCUUUUAAAUGUAUUUUAAGAGGGGGCUGCUACCUGGCAGGUACAGGGCUACAGCCUCAGAGCUGCCCACUCAUGAAGUACAGCCUGAGAGCUACCCUGGGGCACCACAGAUUGUAUCUCUUACUCAGAGAAAGGCACAGCCAUUGUGUUUUUAACUGAGAAUUUUUUAAAAAUAAAAUACUUAACACACUC